ACCUUUUCAUUCGCCGAAACCCGCAGCGGGAGCUGCGGCGGUAUUUUUCGUUCGUUUGUACUUGUUUCUAUUAACUUUGCACUGUUAGCUCAAUCUCAGGAUGAUCUUGCCGGUGCUCGCAGGAGUGGUACUCUGUGUGCCUGUUUUUCUCUAUUCGUACAGGAGGAUACGGCCACUCUUUUCCGUCAAGGUAAACUGCUGGUUCUGCGGGCUGCAGACGGUUGUUCCCUACGGAAAUAUCAACUGCUGGGACUGUCCGAGCUGUGAGCAGUACAAUGGAUUCAAGGAGGAUGGUGACUACAACAAGCCGAUUCCUGCGCAGUUUGAUGAAGCCCUCAAUUUCACGACUACUUCCAGCUGCCAAGCAGAUUCGUCGCCCGGAGCUUUGAAGCUGAAGCCUGACAACCAGCUGUGUUCUGUUUGCAAUUACCAUCAGGUCAUCAAGGUUCGACUUCUGGCAAACUUCACUCCCACAGAGGAGAGCCUUUUCGAGUCCGAGGUGGAGCAGUACCGGCAGCACCUUGAAGAAGUCUACCCACUGUGCCAGUCGUGCGAGGCACAGGUCAAGAGGACGCUGACCCUUCAGGACUCGCUGCUGCGGCCGCACUUGGUCGGCCGCACACUGCCGGGCCAUUGGAGAGUCCUGGCACAUUACUGUCUUCCGUGGAAGCAGCGCCUGAGGCUUGUGUUGUCCGUCGUAGCAUCAGCCAUGAGUGUCUCUGCCUCAACAGUGUUGCUUUUGGCCUUGCUGGAGGGCAAUGCUAUGCUGACGCAGUACUGCACAAAGUUUGGCCUGGCUAGCAUGGCAGUGAACAUGCAGUCCCGGCGACUACUGCAGCCUGCUGGUUUGGUAUUGGCUGGAAGCUCGGUACUGCUUGCGGGACGUCGGCGGCUGGGUCUUGCUGCCCUUCUCCUCUGCUUCUCCUGGCUGCUGACACUGUUGUGCAGCUACUCUGCAAUGGAUAAGUGGCUGGGCUACGUUAUCGUGGCAUGGUGCCAGCUUGUUCUCGCCACUGUAACAGUUGUCCUAGGCGCCUUCCACACAGUCAACCUUCUCAAAGGCUACCUGCGGGGCGGAGCUCUUAGAAAAUUGGUCAGUCCCAGGGUAAACAGCCUGUCCUCUAGUCCCUACGCAUCCAGCGCAGCAAGUCUGAGCUCGUCAACAUACCUGCCCAAUUGGGAGGGUUCACAGUGCAUCGGCCAGAGUCAGUCCAGCUUUGCUGACAACCAGAGCACCUGCAGCCACCAAACAAAGACAGCCACCAGCGACCUCUCCGACAGGAUAAGCGACGUGCACAUCUCUCCUCAGAGUGAAAGAUCAUGGACUACUAGCACGUGGUCCAAACCUACAAGUCUGCAAGAAGUCUCAAAGGAAUCUGCUCCGGUCAGCUGCACGAAUUUAGCCGACAUGGGUGGCGAUGGCGGCAGCAGACCUUCGUCGCUCCUGUGGCCCGCUAGGCUGCGCUUUCAGCAGGGCUCGCCAUGGAUGGCGGGUGGGAUGUGGGCCAUGGGUGGAACGCGCACUCCCUCAAACACCAAGGUCUUGUGGGGAGUCAAGCAGAGUUUUGGCCUGCUCACUCCACCUCCAUCUCUGGCUGGAUCAGCCAAGCACAGCUCCAGUGGUUCCGGCGUAAGCACAAAUGGCUGCAAGCAGAAGAAAACAGACUGGUGUUUCUUCAAGCAGAGAGACGCCUUCUUCUCGUCGUCACCUGACAACGCCCUGGUACCCGAAAUGCGGACAUCGACUUCUGCCAGGACUCGGGAGGCCGGAAUGUUGUCCAGCCAACAUCAUUCGUUGGCCGGCAGUCACAGAAUUGAUGGUACAUCGACACUCAGGCACCGCAGUGGGGUCAGCAGGACAUCUCACCUCGUCCAGAAUGCUCAAGGCAGGAGCUACGCUAAGUCCUCCGUUAGCCAAACUUCGCUGGCAACGGGGAUGGUUGCCAGCAGUGAACUCACGGCAACAGCUUCCAGAGGGCACCUUGCCAGGCGGCCUUUUCCAACGCUCGGCUGGCUCUUUCUGGGCCUAAGUGUGAUGCUCAACAUGUCUCUGUUCGCCUACUUUACUUUCUGGUCGGGUGUUGUUGCAAGGCAGUGAAAAACUGUGAUAUGCGCAUCUCGUGCCUGCGUUCUUGGCGUCUGCAACUGGCCAUGACAUUUUGAAGACGUUUUUGUCGCACUUUUUUUUUUUUGUACAUAUGACAAGAAACGCGCACGUACUGACAUAGGAGAGGCGCUGCGAACGCUAAUAAUCUAUAAGCUGGUGUUUGGUGGGUGCUCUGAAGGCACGUUUUUUCGUGAAACCAGCACGGCUGCAGGUGGUCAAGCUUUUCUUGUUUUUAUUGACGUAAGUACCACUGUGAGUGCUGUAAGUGUCCGUGUUCAGCACUAGCCCCCCAUAUUCACAGACAGGCCUAAUCUCAAGGCUCUUCCAUGCCUUUUCUAAACGUAGAGCGUCCCUCGACUGAAAUCGACAUGGUGCUUCAAUAAUGCCCUUUGGCAAUUCUUGUAUUAAAAAACUGCUCUGAGAAAUGUUUCUCUACACCAGUGCCUGCGGGUAAACGGUGGCCGAAUUGGGCUACAAGAUUUUGGAUCAGCGUCACCAAGGAGUGUUUUGAAGCAUGAUGACUACUUCAGACAAGUGAAAAAGCAGCGCUCCAUUUUUUUGUGUCUAUUGAAGGAAUGCUUAGUAUUACAGUGUAGUCAGUCUUUUUUCAAACUCUAAUUGCUUCGGCUUGCAUUAAAUGGUUCAAGCCGCAUUUACGGCCCACACAAUGUUCCUCCUUUUUUGGGGGGAGAUACAAUGCUUAAGUCACCUUGGUUUUCUGUUACACAUGUUGCUGUGUAUACAUUGUUCUAGCUGCAGGGUGUACUUUCGCCAUAAUUGUCACGUCUUAUUCUGUCCUGACUCCAAUGCACUGUUAUGUUAUCCUUUACUCAUAUUAGAAAUUGUAAUGUAAUUGAAAAUGUAUUCUCUAGGUUGUUUCAAUUUAGCAGUCAUUCUUUCCUGUUCAGGUAUGAAGCUGUGUGACCAACACAUUCACAUCUGAUAGACAUAGUCUAGUGUUGUUGACUUUGCUAGACUCUUGUUAUGAUGAAUACAAUUGAAAUUCAGAGUGAAAUGACAGAUGUGUUAUACUGCAAGUUACAUUUUUUACACUUUGAUGAAAUUUAUUUCUAACAUUUAAUAUUAAGAAAAUUAGCUAGGCAACAAUUUUCUACUGCGCAUUCACUUUAUGCAGGAGUGCCAGUAAAAUGAAGGCAUGGCGAAUGUAUAGAUUCGUACUUGCUGUUUGAUAGCUUUACAUAAGCACAUUUAAUAUCUUCACUGCCACUCUGACGUUGGUCCAGUUUAAGUGACCUAGCUGUUUAACUGCCAUUAAUAUAAUGCGCAAACCUGAAUGGUUUGUCAUUGUUUUUUUGUUCACUUACCUCAGCAGUUCUAUUUGGCAUUCACAUGGGCUUUAUUAACCAUGUGUCAGACUACGGUAUAAAUCAUACUCCAGAAUGGUUGUUCAAACACCUUACAAGUUCUUAGACAUAGCGUAAAAGCGAUGCUGCAAGUGUAACCACUGUUGUUUUUGUUUUGUGCACUUUUAUCUUUCGUUUACGUUACAAAGAACUGCCAAUGCAUUCUGACUUUUCGCUUUUGUACUUUUUCUCACAUAUGUGCUCUUUGUAAGGCAUAUUUCAACUUAAGCUGGACAUUUGUGCGCGUAGGAUGGAAUUUGGCACUUUUGCACGGUUCCAGUGUGAUGUUUUUCAUUGCACGACGGGAUGUCUGUGGCCAUGUUGAGCCAAUGCUGUGGGUUCUAAAUCCCUGUUCUGUCCACUUUGGAUUCAAAGACAACCUGGCUCUCUUCAUUUGAUAAAGUACAACCAUGCAAUAUUUAGCAAGCUCAUUACGUUGUGUGAGACAGAGGGUGUCGAGUGUGCCAAAAAGCUUUACAGGGAUUAGGAUGUUCCAGUGUGAAAAAAAAAUGUGCAGUUUGUGCGGAGUGAAUUUUUAACUUGUGGUAUUGUCUAUUUAAAUAGUAAUGUGUAUUCUUGGCUGUGGUUUGGUACAGGGUGCUACGCGUUUAUGUGUGAAAUGCGAAAGCCCAUUUGCGUACAUAUAGUUAACCUUGUUGCCACAUCAAGGUUAUGUUUGCAUGCUGUUAUGGCUGUGAUGGAACUGCGGAAACUAGUCUGUUGGGCAGCACCGUAUUCUAUUGGCAAGUUUCCACGGGCAUCGUCUUAAUUACAUCUUGCUCUACUGAGAUACCGUUUUUACAGACACAUAAUGUAACAAGCCAUGUGUGAAGCUACUGUCUUUAGUGCGACAAGUUGUUCAAGUAAAACUGAAGGAAACUUCAACAUGAAUGUGAAACAAAUUUUUUUAUUAUUAUUGUCAUCAAUAAAUAUGUCUGUCAUCAAACAUAUCUGGCUAUUGAAGAUUCUUUGAAGCACGUGCGAGGAGUUUUAGUGUGCUGUCAAGUUUAGAAGAAAAAAAAAACUAUUCACAUUAUUAUCAGCUAGUGGCUCUAUCAGGAAUAAUAUGUUUAAAAAUAAAGUUCCAUAACCACGUCUGCAAUUGCACUCUUUGUCAUGAUGACCAUGGCGAUGCUGAAAAGUAUGCUCCAUGUGCACCUCCACUCCUCCCCCCUCCUUUUUUUUUUUCUU